GUGGCGCAUCGCAGCCAUCAGGGUUAUGAACAAUUCGGUGUUUUUCAUGCACGAUACCCUCUGUUUUCCCGCGGAUUAAUGCAAUCGUCGUCGGUUGCAUGCAGCAAAGCGAUGGGGAAUUGAUAGAUUAAACAGUAGCCUAUUAUUAUGAUAAACGGAGACGCUCAUCCCAAAGCCGUAUAUUUGUUUUCUAUGCCGAAAUGAGGCAGGGGGCGGAAAGUCGCCGCAGAAACAGUGGGUUUUGGCCAAACAUCACACAGUUUCAGUCCAUAAUUGACGUUAAAUCGUGGGUUUGCGUUGCUUUUGGUGCAAAAUUACCGAAUUGAGCGAAUUUUGCCAGAGAAAUGCAGCUUGCUUGAAGACACCCCAGAUAUCGGUUGGCUACUGCUGCCAUGACAGGUAGAAGUCUCCUCUCGACUACGGCUUCGCCGGUUGGAGAAUAAACAGGUUGAUUGGGACGUGAUCGCAGCUGCGGAACUGCCAAUGUCGGAUGUUAUUAUUAGUGGAGCCUGAUCCUGUAAAUAUAAACGCAAACAUACAGUAAUUCGGGAAAAACUCAGGGAAAAUGUCUUCUCGUUCUGCAUUACCGUCUGGAAACGACAGGGGCACGGACCAUCAUGUGUCUCUAGCCGCCAGUCGCUCAGACAAGGGCACUAGCCUGUCCAGCCGCUCACUGGGCGCCCGCUGCAGGAACUCCAUCGCCUCCUGCUCUGACGAGACUCCGCACAUCGGCAACUACCGCCUGCUUAAGACCAUCGGCAAAGGCAACUUCGCCAAGGUCAAGCUGGCCCGCCAUAUCCUGACGGGCAAGGAGGUUGCAAUAAAAAUAAUUGACAAAACUCAGUUGAAUCCAACCAGCCUACAAAAGCUCUUUCGAGAGGUUCGGAUAAUGAAAGGUUUAAAUCAUCCAAACAUAGUGCAGCUGUUCGAAGUGAUUGAGACGGAUAAGACCCUUUAUCUAAUCAUGGAGUAUGCCAGUGGAGGUGAAGUGUUUGACUACCUCGUAUCUCAUGGGAGAAUGAAGGAGAUUGAAGCCAGAGCCAAAUUUCGGCAGAUCGUGUCUGCUGUCCAUUACUGCCACAUGAAGAACAUUGUCCACCGAGACUUGAAGGCCGAGAAUCUCCUGCUGGACGCCAACGCCAACAUCAAAAUCGCCGACUUCGGCUUCAGCAACGAGUUCACACUGGGCAACAAGCUGGACACGUUCUGUGGCUCUCCACCCUACGCCGCCCCGGAACUGUUCCAGGGGAAGAAAUACGACGGGCCCGAGGUGGAUGUCUGGAGCCUGGGGGUCAUACUGUACACGCUGGUGUCAGGAUCGCUGCCCUUCGAUGGGCAGAACCUCAAGGAGCUUCGUGAGCGCGUCCUGAGGGGAAAGUAUCGCGUGCCCUUCUACAUGUCCACCGACUGCGAGGGGAUCUUACGCCGGUUCCUGGUGCUCAACCCUACCAAGCGCUGCACCCUAGAUCAAGUCAUGAAGGACAAGUGGAUAAACGCAGGGUAUGAUGAGGAUUCCCUGAAGCCCCAUAUAGAGCCUGUCGAGGACUACAGUGACACUAGUCGCAUAGAGGUGAUGGUGGGGAUGGGCUUCACUCCAGAGGAGAUCAAGGACGCUCUGCUCAACCAGAAGUACAAUGAGGUCACCGCCACUUAUCUACUGCUGGGCCUCAAGAAUGAGGAUGGCAGCGAGUCUCGUUUGGCCAGUACCCUGUCCCUGGCACGGAUCCGGCCCAGCCCCAUCACCAAUGGGACCAACAAACACUCCUCGGCCACUGCAGGCUCCUCUUCCUCCUCUUCCUCGCAUAGCAAGACCCAGCGCAGCGCCUCCACCUAUCACAGGCAGCGGCGGCACAGUGACUUCUGCGGGCCCUCCAUGCCCGUCAUGCACCCCAAGCGGAGCCCCACCAGCACGGGUGACCGGGAGCUGCGGGAGGGGCGCAUGCCACCGCGUAAGGCCAGCUGCAGUGUGAUGGGCAGUCGCUCGCUGCCCCCCUCCAGCCCCAUGGUCAGCAGUGCUAAUAAUCCCAACAAGUCAGAGAUCCCCGACCGCCGCAAGGAGAUGACGGCCACCACAGUGAGAAACAGUGAGAACAAUAUCCCGGGAAGUGCUAUGACCCGCCGGAACACAUACGUCUGCACGGACCGCUCCAGCACCGACAGACACUCCUUGCUGCAGAAUGGCAAGGAGAACAGCUCGCUGUCCCACCGCCUACCCCCCACCUCCCCCUCCACCCUGAGCAUCUCCGGGGCCGGGGCCUCCUCCUCUGGCGAGCGCUGCCGUCUGACACGGGGCUCCACGAUCCGGAGCACUUUUCACGGAGGCCAGUUGAGGGACCGGGGCCCGCCCGUCUACUCGGCCCCGCCCACCUCCCCCACGCUGUCCCACCACGACGCCAGUCCACUGCCGCACGCCCGCAGCCGCGCCACUUCCAACCUCUUUACCAAACUCACCUCCAAACUCACACGCAGGGUCACAAAUGAACCUGAGGGAAUCUGCCGAUCUGCGGUCACAAGGUCAGUAUAUGUCACAAGUCGCCAUUUACCUGGGCAUCAAAAAGCGGCCGAGCCCUGGGCCAUCGGAUGUGGCUGGAAUCUGAGGGUACCCCGGGGGCGGCGGGACCCAGCGGAGGUGGUGCUGGCUCUGCGGGAGGCGGCACGGGGCUGCGGCUGCCAGGUCCACCACGUCGGCCCCUUCCUGCUCUCCUGCACCCACGGGGCGUCCGGCGGUUGCGUGGCCUUCAAGGCAGAGGUGUGCCACCUCUCCACGGGGGGUGGUGCCUCCAACAAUAAGACUUCCAACGGGGUGCGCUAUACACGACUUUGGGGAGCACCUCUCGUUUUCCGGGACAUCGCCAUGCAAAUCUCAAAGGACCUCGAACUCUGAAUAUAAUGGGGGUUGAGAAGGAUGGAAAGAGAAAUACAGAGAAAGAGCGAUGUGGGGCUGGACUCAAGAUAAAAUACAUUUGCCCCUGUCUCUUACGUGGCUAUAGCCCUACCCCCCUCUGCACCAGUCUCAACCUAACCACCCGCCCCCAUCGCCACACCACCCAGACCCAAAUGUACCCCCCGCGUCCCUCUCACCACUACAACUGAACAGCUUCACCCACUGGAACCUGAUCAGACAGGAAUCCAGCUUAAAAUGUUUUACUGUUAACUCUAGCCAUAAUGACUAUUACUUUUAUGAUUGGUAUCAUUGUCUUUUUUAACGAUCACCAACUCCGUACCGACAACAUCAAAAACAUUCUCGAAAACAUUUCUCGGGUUUCGCCGUCUUGGACGCGUGUCACAGUACAGAUAUAGGAUCUUGAUUUGAUCACCCUGUUGCAGGAUAACUUUCCUGCAAUACAGGAAAUGUAAAACUUGUAGUGUAUUUGAGGUUUAAAAAGGCUUCUGAAGUUUGUAAUUUCCACUUCAAAAUUUCAGACUUUAUUUUCCCUUACGAAAAAUGUAUCAACCCAUAAAACAUUUCCAUUAAUUAUAAUCCACAUAAUAAUUCACAUUUCCUGUUGCUGCAGGAUUAUUUUCCUGCUGUAGCUAACUGGCUCAAAUUAAGAUCCUACAUCUAUGUAUGUAUUGCUAUUUCUUCUCCCAUUUGAACAUUGAUACUGAUGAAGUGAUCAUCCAAGGACUUCUGUGGACGAUAUGCACAAAUAUGGAGACAGUUAACUCAAUGAUUUGACAAGCGGCAUCAAAGGUUACUCUGUUUUUCUAUUUGUGCACAGUAUAGGCGGGAUUGGAUUGUUGGGCAAUGACAGAAGUUGACAAGACACUUUGAACCAGCCAAUGGGAACCGUCACAUCCAUUUCCACUAACAUCAUCAACUGAAAAAGGUAGUAAGAUAACAUCAUUAUCUCGGACACAUCAUGAAUCAAUCUCAGUUAGUCUUACUGCAUAUGACAUAAAUAAACUAGACUGAUAUAGGUUUCACUUUUGUAGUAUUGUACAAACCAAACACCAUAAUAAGCUAUUAUGUUAAUGUGUAAUAUCAGGCAGUAUACACUUUGGUACAUAUCAUACUCCAUUUUAGAUACCAGUGCCAAUACGAAAACUGAAUCUAUGUACAGUGCAUUCGGAAAGUAUUCAAAACCCUUGACUUUUUUCACAUAUUUUUAACUUUACAGCCUCAUUCUAAAAUGGAUAAAACAUUUGAUUUUUUCUCAUCAAUCGUACACACAAUACCCCAUAAUGACACAGUGAAAACAGGUUUUGAGACAUUUGUAUAAAACAAAUAUAACAGAAAUACCUUAUUUACAUAAGUGUUCAGACCCUUUGCUAUGAGACUUUGAAGUUAGCUCAGGUGCAACCUGUUUCCAUUGAUCAUCCUUGAGAUGUUUUCACAACUUGAUUGGAGUCCAUCUGUGGUAAAUUCAAUUGAUUGGCCAUGAUUUGGAAAGGCACACAACUGCCUAUGUAAGGUCCCACAGUUGACAGUGCAUGUCAAAGCAAAAACCAAGCCAUGAGGUCGAGGGAAUUGUCUGUAGAGCUCCGAGACAGGAUUGUGUCAAGGCACAGAUCUGGGGAAGGCUAUAAAAAAAUGUCUGCAGCAUUGAAGGUCCCCAAGAACACAGUGGCCUCCAUCAUUCUUAAAUGGAAGAAGUUUGGAACUACCAAAACUCUUCCUAGAGCUGGCCACCCGACCAAACUGAGCAAGAAUCCAAUGGUCACUCUGACAGAGCUCCAGAGUUCCUCUUUGGAGAUGGGAAAACCUUCCAGAAGGACAACUAUCUCUGCAGCCCUCCACCAUUCAGGCCUUUAUGGUAGUGUGGCCAGGCGGAAGCUACUUCUCAGUAAAAUGCACAUGACAGCCCACUUGGAGUUUGCCAAAAGGCACCUAAACUAUUUGGCCUGAAUGCCAAGCGCCAAUUCUGGAGGAAACCUGGCACCAUCCCUAUGUUGAAGCAUGGUGAUUGCAGCAUCAUGCUGUGGGGAUGUUUUUCAGCGGCAGGGACUGGGAAACUAGUCAGGAUCGAGGGAAAGAUGAAGGAAAGUAAGUACAGAGAGGUCCUUGAUGAAAACCUGCUCCAUAGCGCUCAGGACCUCAGACUGGGGAAAAAGUUCACUUUCCAACAGGACAACGAUCCUAACAUGCUGACUAGACCGGACACGCCGCGUGCGCGAGUGUCGCAGAAUACAUUUAGAAAUAUAUGUUAUUCAAUUAUUUCACCCACACUGCUCACGUGCACCAAUGAGCGUCUGCGAUGCCAAGGGCUUUCUAUUUCUGAUGCAGAUCGCUCUGCAAGUCCUGCCUCUUCCAUCUCCUCGUUGGUUUAUAGAAGCAGGUUGAAUGAUGAACUGUUGCCGGUUGUCGUGGUGAAUCUACGAAAGUUUAGAUGCCAAUCGCCAUAUAAAUUAAACAAUGAAAAGGCCUGGAAGGAGGGGAGAUGACUAGAAAUGAUUCAGUUGGCUGUUUUAUGUGUGGAUUAAUUGUCGGCGUAGAGGACCUUGUGCCUUUCAGGUAAAAUAACAACUCCAUGUUUAUAUCCCAGGACAAAUUAGCUAGCAACAGCAAGCUAUCUAAAUAGGACAAAUUAGCUAGCAAGGUCAAGCUAACUAGCCUAAUUGCCAUACAUGUUUAAUGCUUUUCGACCUGUCCCCAAAUUAAUGUCAUUGGUUCAGAGUUUGUUUUGAUAUUUUAACCUGCGUGUCGUGAUCGCGGUUGGUGUGGGGGGACAAAAUAAAUGUUUGCACGAUAGCGCACGAUGGCGCACACGCCCAGCCGGUUUGGGUUCCGUGUAAGCAUGCAGCCAAGACAGCGCAGGAGCAGCUUCGGUACAAGUCUUUGAAUGUCCUUGAGUUGCCCGAUCGAACAUCUCUGGAGAGACCUGAAAAUAGCUGUGCAGCGACGCUCCCCAUCCAACCUGAUAGAGCUUGAGAGGAUCUGCAGAGAAGAAAUAUGAGAAACUCCCCAAAUACAGGUGUGCCAAGCUUGUAGCAUCAUACCCAAAAAUAAUCUAGGCUGUAGUCGCUGCCAAAGGUGCUUCAACAAAGUAUUGAGUAAAGGGUCUGAAUACUUAUGUAAUAUUUCAGUUUUUUAUUUUUAAUACAAUUGCAAAAAUGUCUAAACCUGUUUUUCGCUUUGUCAUUAUGGGGUAUUGUGUGUAGAUUGAUGAGGAAAAUGUUUUAUUCAAUCCAUUUUAGAAUAAGGCUGUAAAGUAACAAAAUGUGGAACAAUUCAAGGGAUCUGAAAACAUUCCGAAUGCACUGUAGAUCAAAACUGUGGUUCGUAACGCUAUACAUUUUUUCACCUUCAAACCUCUAGCUAUCUGUAGCUUUGGUUUCCUGCACACACCCUUGGAAAGUAAUUCCUUUGCCAAAUUCUGUUCCGUAGAUACUCUUUUAUCCCUCUGAUUGGCUGGGAUCCAUGUCUGUGUUGGCACUGAUCAUCAUCAAUAAUCAUAUCAAGCCAUUUCUAAGCAUUUUAUCCCCUACCUCUCACGGUUUGAUCUCUCCCUUUCACCUUUCUUGAACAGAGUUGAAUUCAAGUCAUGAAACAGUUGCACAGUGAGUUGUUCCUCAGCAUAAAAUAGUUUAACCUAAUGUCUAAUAACUAAAAGGGUGACUGGGAAAACAAUUUUUGUUUCAAUGCAAAACCAGUUCAGUGCAGAACAUUGUGCCCUUGAACGCCACAUGGCUUUGCCAAAAUGCAAAGCUGUCAGGCUUCAUAGUGAACCAAAUCUGGAACAGAACUGGGUUGAAAUACAUUAUUAUUUAACAUUUCAAAUACCCUUAGAUACUCUGCCCUAAACGUUGGGCAAAACGAGAGAGUAUUUCAGUAGUAUUCUUUUAACAAUAUUUGCCCACUGAAAUAGGCUACGUAGUUCAGAGAAACUCAAUAUAGAAACUCAAAUAGAGAUAAUACUUGAUCCAGAUCUGUUUCGGAAUAAGUCAUAUUUCUUUCAAUGUGAUGCAAUGCAAUUUAGUUUGGAUUCUAUUCCAUGCCCUGACAUUUUAUCUUCAGCUAUCUCUCAACAUUGAAGGUGAACAUCAAAAUCCAUUUUUUUCCCCCUGAGGUAACUACAACCGUCCAAUCCCAUUCCUACUGUUACACACGCUGGUGCCUCAACUCUGACACCCUUUAGCAUUUUGGCACUGGUUAUCUUCAGAUCUACUGUUGUCUACUGUUGAUGACUGUGGGUUGCUGUGAGGUGUCGGGGGAAUGCAUAGACACACAGAUGAGUCAUUUAGAGAGAGAGAGCCUUAAAGGCAGUGUGACUGGGAUGCUGUGUUUUCCCUCUUGCACCCCUUAUGCACAUAGUACAUGUUCAAUGCUGGAAAAUAAGCUAAAAAAGGCUUCCUCACAUUCCCCCCUGAUAAGAAUGAAUGAUGUACUAUGAUGUUCAUGUAGGCUACAAGAUUUCUGCCUGAUUAUUUACUGGUAAUACUCUCGAUCUCAGUUGUGGCUUUUUGCUCAUGGUGACAUAACCAGUCAGAACAACGUGGUCAUUUCACUUUUGAUCUCUUUUUUUUUUUGUUCAAUCUUCACCACAAGUGUUUUUACUGUCCGUUUGUUUUUGCAAUCCUCCUCUUGUUUUGUUUUUCGAAAACACUCCCAGCUGUCAUCCACUUCACAGACACUUCGUUAAAUCAUCUCUUCAGAACCUCCUCAGUGCCGUUUUGUCUGCUACGCUGCCACAUGACAGGGUACCCUAUAGAGGAGAGCAAUACUAAUCUACAACAAUACACAGCCCUCAACAGUACAGACAGAUAGAUUCACGGGCCUGAGGAGGGUCAGUCCUAUGUCCUAUAACAUUGUGGUGUAUAUUAGCAUUAGGUAAUAUAGACCUUGAUGCACUUUGCUUUGACUUGAAUCAGCUCCUUCCAGUGGAAUCUCGGGCAAAGCCCACAACGAGCCACUGGAGGGCGCCAAUGUCUUAAAUGUGAACACUUCAAUUUGUUGAUAUUUGCACAGGUACUUUAUUUAUUUUUUAGAAUAAUAUCGUAAUAAAAAAUCUGCAUUUAUAUCAGCCAGUUUAUGGCUGUAUAGAAAAUAUAUGAAUAUAGUAUAUAUCUUAGAGCUCAAGGUUUAUUUAUAGCUAGAGCAAGAGAAGUACUUCUAGUUUAAAGCAGUUUCUGUCAAUGACAAUGUGGAACAAUACCAACCUGCAAUCUUGCAUGACUUCAAAGUUUGGGUUUUAGGGAGAGGGGGGGGUUUGAAAUGAUUCAUAUCCAUUAUUCAUAAAAUGCAGUCAGUGUUUGGACAUAUAUAUGGUACAGAGAAAUGGUACCAAGUACAAAUGGCAGGCUUUUGGCCAAUUGCAAUGAUUUCAGUCAAUCUUCUAUUACUUACAGGGAAAUUGGUUCAAUUUGGACAAUUUUACUUCCUGAAUUCUGCAAUUGUAACUUAAAAGGAUUAUCCACUGGAUUUUCAGAAAUGUACUUCACAAGUCUCAGAUUUUCUCCACCCGUAUAACAAAAUGUAAAAUGUGUCUAAUGUGUUGUUGCAAAUUCUGACAUUUUAAAUUGAUGUUUCAAUUCACACUAUCCCUGAUAAACACAAGUGUCAGGCAGAUCUGAUAGGAAAACCUUGGGUGCGUUCAAGCAAUAGUAACGUCUGUUUAAGUCUUUACGGAAUGAAAGUAAAGCAUCUGGUUGAUGAACAUGCUAUGGUGAAGGGAAAAACAUGAUGGGCUGACAUUGUUUCCAGGUGGAAUUUAAUACAAACCUGUGAAUUGCAGAAAGAUAGUACAAUGUGUGCUGGUAUGCCUAUAAGAGACUGUCAGUGGUAUAGAUGGUUGUUGGACACAGUAUUGUGACCCCAGGGGCUCAGUAUUAAAGUAUAAUGUACAUUGUCAUGCUAGAACUGUUUAUUUUUGGAAAUGAUGUAAUAUGCAAUAGAGGCCAAUGAAACGGAUGAAGAGACACAUUUUGACCUGGACGCCUAAUUCUGUACACCCCUUGACCCCUUCAGAAACAAACAAUGUGAGAUUGUGUCACCCAAAAGCCCUGUUGCUUUUGGUCUAGAGAGAAAGUGAGAGACGUGGAGCGGACAAGAAAUUAAAUUCACAGAUGUUGCCAUUG